UAACUGACUUAAUUGUAUUUUCUUCAUCUGACAAUAUGAGUGAUAAAGUUGUGACUUCGGCUAUCGCGCAAUUCUCGGCAAGGUUUUGCAAUGAACUUGACAAAAGUACAAGUGUGGUUUCCUCUCCAUUGUCAGCCGAAUUUUUGUUAGCUCUUCUUGCUUUGGGCACAACAGAUCCUGCCCAUGAAGAAUUGUUAACAUCCCUUGGGAUUACCAAUGAUGAUGCUGUACGUUCCUCAUUUUCAGCAGUAUCAUCAAAUUUGAGAUCGGUCAAAGGUGUGACAUUAAAUGUAGCUAAUAAAGUGUACUUAAUGGAUGGAAAUUAUGAUCUAAAUGAACAACUAAAAGAAGAUGCGGUUAAAGUGUUUGAUGUCUCCUUUGAAAAGGUUGACUUCAGUAAUGGUGCUGCUGCUGCGAAACUCAUCAAUAAAUGGGUUGAAAGCAAAACAAAUGAGAAAAUAAAAGAUCUUAUUUCAAGAGACAGCUUGAACAGUGACAGCCGACUUGUGCUGGUUAAUGCUCUGUAUUUUAAGGGUACAUGGAAGAAACAGUUUGAUCCCGCAAAUACAUUGGACCAACCAUUCAAUGUGGACACGAAGAAAACUGUGAUGGUGCCAAUGAUGUACUUGGAAGAUAACUUCAUAUAUGGAGAGAGCCAAGAAUUAGGAGCACAGUUAUUGAGAAUGCAUUACGUAGGUGAGAACGCGAGCAUGUUGAUCGUAUUGCCGAACGAGAUAAACGGACUGGACGGUGUGCUGAAGAAACUUGCCGACGGCUACGACUUGAUGGCCGAAGUUGAUAAUAUGUUCAACACUAAAGUGCAAGUGGCCAUACCCAAGUUCAAAAUCGAAACUGAAAUCGAUCUGUGCGAUUUACUGCCAAAGCUUGGAAUUAAAGCCAUCUUCGACAGAAACAAUUCAGGACUUACUAAAGUGUUGAAUACAGAUGAAAACUUAUACGUAUCAAAAGCAGUGCAGAAAGCUUUCAUAGAGGUGAAUGAAGGGGGCACUGAAGCUGCAGCUGCAAGUCGCAUGUUGAUGAUGUGUGGGAGCUCGCGGUUUUCUGCCCCCCACUUCCGCGCUGACCGGCCCUUCCUCUACGCGCUGCUCGACUCGCAGAGUAACCUACUCUUCGUAGGAGCGUACCGCGCACCGGCAUAAGCGAGAACAUUCUUCAAACAUUUAUUGAAAUCAAAGCAAAAUGUUUGUAAUCAGCUUUGCAUAUUUAAUUUAUCUCAUAUUACGUUUGUCGUGUCGUGUAUGUGCCAAUUAAUCUUGCAAUUUUA